AAAAAAGUGGGUGUUCGCUGCAUGCGCCUUCCUGAUGCCGCGCAUCCGUCGCAGCUCCCUCAGCGAUUUCAUCCUGCUCUGAGGCACGCAAGCAGUCUUCUUCUACCGCACUGGCGUGUUCCACUGCUUCACCCAACACUGACAACAAGCAGUAGGGGAAGGCAGGAGAAAAAGUGCUGAGUUGGCAAAGACCCUGUAGCUUCCAAUUCUACAGCAUUGACUGCAUGGCUGGGGGGACUGUGACAGAGCAGCAAUGAGACAUUCUCACAGUAGGACUGAGCAGCAGGAGUAAAGGAAUACAAAUUAGGCACAAAAAGUGGUGGAAGGGGGUGGGGGGAGGUCCGGUGGUGCAAGAUUUCUGCGAAGCAGAGGGGGAGACUGUCUGCAUUGGGUCUUAAGAUAGUCAACCUCCCCCCCGACGUCAAAAGGAUUUGUUGUUUUGGGGGGGAGAAGGUUUCUCUAAAAAGAAGGGGUACUGGAGCAGCAAAGUGAAUACCUAUAACAACUCCUCCUUCCCCCCUCCCCUCUGGAAAAAUGACCGUAAUCGCAGGGGAGAAUAUGGACGAGACCUCAGUCUUGCCCGGUCACCCUCAGGACAGCUACCAUCCAGACCAAGAUGACCACGAAUGCUGUGAGAGGGUGGUCAUCAAUGUGUCCGGCCUACGCUUCGAGACCCAGCUUAAGACUCUCGCUCAGUUCCCCAGCACUCUGCUAGGGAACCCCAAAAAACGGAUGCGUUACUUUGACCCCCUGAGGAACGAGUACUUCUUUGACCGAAACCGUCCAAGUUUCGAUGCCAUAUUAUAUUACUACCAGUCUGGGGGUCGACUCCGGAGACCUGUUAAUGUUCCACUGGACAUGUUCUCUGAGGAAAUCAAGUUUUAUGAGUUAGGGGAAGAGGCCAUGGAGAAGUUUAGGGAGGAUGAGGGUUUCGUAAAGGAAGAGGAACGCCCUCUGCCAGAUAAAGAGUUCCAACGCCAGGUGUGGCUCUUGUUUGAGUUCCCCGAAAGCUCGGGCGCAGCCAGGAUCAUUGCCAUAAUAUCUGUGAUGGUCAUCCUUAUAUCAAUUGUUAUCUUCUGCUUGGAGACUUUGCCAGAAUUAAAAGAUGAGCGGAUCUUCAGUCGACGGGUGAACAACAGCACAGUUUUCUACAAGUCCAACAUCUUCACGGAUCCAUUCUUUGUGGUGGAGACCCUCUGCAUUAUCUGGUUUUCCUUUGAAUUGGUGGUGAGGUUCUUUGCAUGUCCCAGCAAACCGGAAUUCUUUAAGAACAUCAUGAACUUCAUUGACAUUGUGGCCAUCAUCCCUUACUUUAUCACCUUGGGGACUGAAAUGGCAGAGCAAGAAGGUCCCCAAAAAGGAGAACAGGCAACAUCUUUGGCAAUCCUGAGGGUCAUCAGACUGGUAAGAGUGUUUAGAAUCUUCAAACUCUCCAGGCAUUCUAAGGGCCUCCAGAUUUUGGGACAGACCUUGAAAGCUAGCAUGAGAGAAUUAGGGUUGCUAAUUUUUUUUCUAUUCAUUGGGGUCAUCUUGUUCUCCAGUGCAGUGUACUUUGCUGAAGCUGAAGAGGAUGAAUCUCAUUUUACAAGUAUCCCUGAUGCUUUCUGGUGGGCGGUGGUAUCCAUGACCACUGUGGGCUAUGGUGACAUGUACCCUGUGACAAUUGGAGGCAAAAUCGUGGGCUCCUUGUGUGCCAUCGCUGGUGUGCUGACAAUUGCCCUGCCUGUACCUGUCAUCGUGUCCAACUUCAACUACUUCUACCACCGAGAAACUGAAGGGGAGGAACAGGCUCAGUUACUCCAUGUUAGCUCCCCCAAUUUAGCCUCUAACAGUGAUCUGAGUCGACGAAGUUCCUCCGCAAUGAGCAAAUCUGAGUACAUGGAGAUUGAAGAGGAUCUGAAUAAUAGCAUAGAUAACUUUAGAGAGGCAAAUAUCAGAACUGGCAAUUGCACCAUAGCCAAUCAGAACUGUGUUAACAAAAGCAAGCUCCUUACAGAUGUGUAGAGCGCAGUCCCAUUACAGAAUUAUCAUGACCACUUCCCUCUUUACAGGGCCACCAUGAACUUAACCUUCAAAAAUACAGAGGCCUAGUACAAAUUAGGGGAGCAGCCCCCCCCCAUAUAUACAUCCAAAAUUUCAUAAUCAGGGCUUCUCAUUUUCCUGGGCCCCACCUUCCCUUCUCCAAACCCCAAUGGUGAAUGCUAUAUUUCGCAUCCGCUAAUGCACUGUUGCAUUGCGAGUUUACGCUCAGUGAACACAAAAGCUU